AUGGUGGGCCACUUUCAUGAAAACAUUGGUCCAAGCCAUUUCGCCAAUUUCAUCAUGGAACCUGGGUUAGACUUGCUUCCAAUUACUGACGCCUUCCGUCGCUACCUAGGCCUCAUCCUAAGGACCAUCAUCCUGAGCACCAACAUCGGCUGCUCCUGGAUGGUGAGGUUGAAGGAUGUCAACGGUUCAAGGUUCAAGGUUCAAGGUUGGGCUGGAAUUACCAUUGCUAGUGACAUCAAGAUCGAGGACGUCAUGGCCUUUAAGUUCUUCAAAGCCAAUGUCUACAAGGUCACCAUCUUCGACUACUCCAUGACUAAGUUCCCAUUUAGUUCAGCCAAACCACUUGGUUCAAUUCAGUUAGGAGUAACAACUGGCAUUGACUACCCAAUUCUAAACUCAUCUGAAGAUGGCGUCCCCGCACUCAUCGUCGUCUCCUUGGGGGACACAUCCAUCAUUGGCAAUGGCGGCGUCACCCACUUUGAAGAAGCAGCCAUCAUAGGACAAGGCCGGUGGCAAGAUAGGUCCGGCUCACCGGUGUCGGAACCGUCGGAGGAUGCAGCGGCGGAGGCGCAGACGCACGCCUCCCGCGAGAUGCGGCCGGGAGACGGAGCUGGACGAGGCGGAUGUUUUAGCCAAAGAGGACUUUCUGGAUUGCACUACCCAAACGGAAUCAUGGCUGGUAGCAAGAAUGAGCCUGCCGAAGACGGGUUGCCUGAUGGCUGGUCCAAAGAGUACAGGCCCAGAAAGGUUCGAGCUGGAGCUAGAGCCAGGAGGGACAUGUUCUACAUUGAUCCUACCAAUAGUUAUGAAUUCCGCUCUCUGAAAGAUGUUUACCGUCAUCUCGAGUCUCAAGAUGCCAGCAAUUCUGCUGAGACACCAAACAAGAGAAAAGUUGAAGACCUGCAGAUUUCAGAGAACCGAUCUCAUCAUGCAGAAGGAACUUCAGAUAACAUACAAAUGGAUAGUGCUCAUGAGUCGAAUCCAAAGAGUAGAGAGAAUCCUGGAAACAUGCCAUUAUCAGAACACGAGGUUGUCUCCCUAGGGAGGCUAACCCAGUUGGAGCUUCAGAAGGCAAGCGUGAACAAUCAGUCUCUGAAGCAUGAAUCAACUGGGAGAGAAAAGGCAAAUGUGGGGCCAAAAUCCAAGGGAAAGAAACAACAAACUAAACCUGCGAAACAGGUUUCUACACCUCUUCGAGCGUCGCCUCGUUUAACUGCACUUAAAGUCAACCAGGAAUUGAAACACAGCCAGGAAGCCAGUAAUGUGCUCAGAGAUUCGCCUGUCAGCACACAGGCAGAUAUUGCCAAUCAGUUAAAACCAACAAAGCUGGUCAAAAAUCCUAAAUCAAAGACUAUACCCUCUUUACUUCCUUGGAAGAAAGAUGGAGCACAUAUCGCAAGUGCUUCUGAACAUCCUGGAGAUAAGUAUCCUUCAGCUCAUGAACAGAUACCAGGAACAUCUGUUGCAUGCUCUAUAACAGAUGUUAGAUACCAAAAUGCGCCUUCUGAGUUACAUGCUCCACCACAACAGACUGGUCUCUUUGAAACAGCUGAUGAUAUGCCUGGUUCCUCCUUAUCGUCGCUGCUGCGAGGUAUCUUGUCAGAUCCAUGCCUUGAGUUUGCAUUCAAGACUCUUACAGGUGAUAUCCCUGUUCCCGACAACAAUAUAGCUGAUGCAAACUACUUCAUUCCACCACCGGACUUGACCAGAGGGGAUCCAUGCCUUGAGUUUGCAUUCAAGACUCUCACAGGUGAGAUCCCUGUUCUUGACAACAAUCUAGCCGUUGCAAACUACUUGCUUCCACCACAGAACUUGAACAAAGGGGCAGCGUCGAAUUGUUCCUCUUCCACUUAUGAUGGGAAGAACCAUGUGCAAGUAGACCGUGUCAGGCUGCCAAUGCCUAGGCAAUCAGAUAAUCUCUACAGCAGUGGUUGGUUCCCUCCCCAAUGAACUCCACCAAGGUAUAUGCGACAACAGCUGAAAUGCAAAUCCUAAAAAAUCCUUAGUUUGGGUCAUAGUUUGGCUUCUUAUCUUAGUGCUUGUCACCGUUAGGUACCUCGACAAGGAUGCAUGUUGUAAGAAAGAUUGUACCUUGUUGUGACUAGUAGUGGAUCGAUCCAUAUCAUCAUAUGCUAGACUUGAUAGACCUUUUGGGUAGUAAGCUGACCAGUAACUCCGCUCAUCGUGUGGUUAGCAGAUAGCGAUGCUGGCAGCAUUGUGGCACCCCCUUUUAUUUUCGUGGCUGGGGUUCACUCUGUCUGCAUGUAAGACAUUUGAUCUGAACUGGACUAAGUUCUGCCUGAAUUUAGCUUCUGUUUUACUGUCCCUGAUCGAAUCUCUCUUUUGAUGGAGUGGCAAAUGUUGUUGUGAUGUACCACUCUCUUCAUUGAUUCUUGAAGUACAUCAGUGUGGCUGGCAGUAGCACCUUGUAUUUUGUUUUGCCAUGUACACUGUGGUUGGGUAAUAAUUGAACUUGCUUGCAA